AUGAAUAAAAUACAUUCAGAAGAAGCUAUUAAGAUGGAGAGUUCUAUCAAAAAUGAAAAAGAACAGGAGACAGUGAUUGAGAAAUCUUCGGAUGGGUUUGCAACUUUUUAUGGUGAAGGUCCUAAAGAUGGCAAGGAAACUUAUUUUGAAAAUCGUGGUGUAACCAAAAUUGAAGAAUCUAGACUAUUUAUAAAUCGUAAUAGAAAAGGAAAGUUUCUGGCUUAUGCUUUUGGCUUCUCAAUCUUGGUAUGCGCGUGGGCUUAUGCGAUUCAGGAAUCGACUACGUACAGCUAUCAGGUAUAUGCAACUUCCUCUUUUAAUCGACAGUCUUUAUUGUCUACUCUUGAGAUUGCAACAUCCAUUAUUUCUGCAGUCUGCAGACCAAUUUUGGCCAAAAUUUCUGAUGUUACGUCUCGACCCGUGACCUAUGCUAUCGUUUUGAUUCUAUAUGUGAUAGGAUUUAGUGUUGUUGCUGCCAGCUCAACGAUCUCUGCUUAUGUUAUUGGUGCUGUGUUCAUUGCCGUAGGUGGUUCAGGAUUGGACUUCUUAAACAGUGUAAUCAUUGGCGAUUUAACCCCUCUGAAAUGGAGAGGAUUUGCAAAUGGAAUUUUAUCUACUCCCUUCAUCUUUACUGUAUGGUUUUCCGGACUCAUUGUUCAAGGUAUUUUGGACCGUAAUUGGAGAUGGGGCUACGGGAUGUUUGCUAUCAUUAUGCCAUUUGUCCUUGUUCCAGGAAUUAUUAUUCUUAUUUACCUAGAAAAAUCUGCCGACUCCCAACGCUCUGCUGAGCCUGCCAACGAAGGUCAGUCUCCUGAAUAUUCAAAGCAAUCUUCAAAACUUAGAGAUAUUUACCAGGCAACUCUUGAAGUAGACGCCUUCGGUUUGAUUCUUCUUGGUUUUGGUUGGUCUUUAUUACUUCUACCAUUUUCAUUAACUAGCUAUGCAGAACAUGGGUGGAGAAAUCCAAGUAUGAUUGCAAUGAUGGUCGUUGGUGGAAUCAACUUACUUCUUUAUGGCUUAUACGAGAUGUUUUUGGCUCCUUAUCCCUCGUGCCCUCGUCGCAUUAUGUUCAAUAAAACAUUCAUGAUGGCAAUUAUUAUCGAUUUCUUUUACUACUUUGCUGGCUACAUCCAAUCCUUAUACCAAACAUCUUACACGUGGAUAAUCAAAGAUUGGUCAUAUAGAAACUGGUCUUACUUUUCCAACAUAACUACAGUUGCAUUAUGCUUUUUCGGUUUAAUUGCUGGCUUCAUUCAAAGAAUAACACACCGUUAUAAGUAUUUACAGGUAAUCGGGCUAGCUAUCAAAAUUGUCGGCUAUGGAAUUCUAUUAAAACCUGGGGUUGGAACCACCAAUACCGUGAGCUUGGCGUUCUCAGAAACAUUAAUUGGUAUGGGCGGGUCUUUCAGUGUUGUUGGAUCUAGUGUUGCUGCACAAGCUUGUGUUCCCCAUCAAGACCUAGCUACCGUCACUUCCAUGCUUUCUUUAUGGACAAAAAUUGGUGGUGCGAUUGGAUCUGCUAUUGCUGCCCCUAUUUACUCCAGCAAGGUGAAAAAAUAUUUAUAUGAAUACAUGCCUUCCAACGUUACUCAGGCUAAUAUCACAUCGUUUUACAGCGACACGAAUCUCAUACGCAACUAUCCCAUGCAGACUAAUAUUCGUCAAGCUGCUGUGAAAGCUUACUCUAAGUCUAUGUUUUACUUAUAUGCUCCGAGCUUAGGAUUGUCAUUUAUUCCUUUCAUCGCAGCGUUUUUUCAAACCAAUUACUUCCUUGGUGACCAGCAAAAUGCUUAUGAUCAAGAAAAGCCGAGAAAAAAGGACCAGACGGAUGAGCAGACGCAGAUUUAA